ACUGAGGUCAUUCAUUUUCUCUAGCUUUGAUGCAAUUCUGAGACACCGGCGCCAGAUUUACGGUUAUCAUCCAGUUUCUUUCGACUCUCAAUUUCAAGGUCGCAUUGCCUGAUAUCCGACCGUCACCAUGUCCGGUUUCGCAGUUUCGUUCUGGACGCCGGACUACGCAACCGGCCUGGGGGUGCUCUAUGGGAAGCUCCAGCAAGGCGUUGUCGAGAACAAGCAAAUUAUCACAAUCGCGUCUAUGCGUGCAGAUGCAGAAGAACAAUAUGGCGCGCGGUUAGGGGAUAUCGCACCGGCCGUGGAUCGGUUGACAGGGACGGGGUUUGGGAAGGACGAUGGGGCAAGUGUGAGGAAGGCUUAUGAAGGUGUUCGCACUGAGAUGAUCGAGGCCGCCAAGAAUCACCAAAAGAUCGCUGCAAACAUUCGCGAAUUAGUUGUGUCACCUUUCAGGCGUUGGUGCGAUCAGCAUGAGGCACGAAUCCAGAACUCACACGACGACCUUCAGGCGCGUAUCAAAGAACACACUAAACAGGCGGACCUUGUGAAGAAACUCCGGAGUCACUACUUCAAUAAAUGCCGUGUGGUGGAAGACUUGGAGGAAGAGAAUAAGCUCGCCUUUCAGGCUCCCGAGACUAGCCCGAAAGUCAAAGCGCCCCCCAAGAUCAUACUCCCGGAGGAGACAGAGGAGGAAGAACCGGUGGAGAUCGGAGACCACGUUUACACCCCUGAGGGCCUCAAGCAGCUGUUGGUUCACAUGCUGGAUAAUAUCAAGCUAGGCGAUGUGAAGGUGCCCAUUAUCGGUACCUACCAGAACACAUCGACCGGUGUCGAUAUCGUGGAAUACACUCAGAAACACAUGAAUGCAACCAGCGUCAGUUAUGCAGAGAGGAUCGGGCAGGAUCUUGUCGACAAUGGCUUGCUCCGGUUGGUGGGCAAUAUGGGUAGCACAUUUGCUAACAGCAGCAAGAUGCGAUAUCAAUGGCGCCCCAAAGUAUUCCAAAUUACCGGCAUUCCCGAGAAGAACAAGCCUCUGAUGCGUGUAACCUCGAUGGCGAAUAGUGAGGACGGCAGCGAAUCACCUAUAUCUUCUGUUUCGGAGAUGUUGGCGGGCUGGAACCCUCUCAACAACUCCCAUCCGAACGAGACGCCGUCGGAGAAGCUGCGCAGAGAAGCACGCGAAGCUGAUGAACGGUACAAGGCUGCGGUGCGGAAGCUAGACCAGAUCAGAUGCAAGCUUGAGGAAGAGAUUUUGGAGAAUCUCCGGUUUAUGGAGCAGUGUGAGCUAGACCGGCUCAAGGCGAUCAAGGCGGUUGUCCUUGAUUUCUCGGGUGCUAUCAGCAACGUCAUCCCGAACCUGCAAAGUACGGUGGAUCAUAUGAUGCUUUACCAGGAGACUAUUCAGCCUCUCGGCGAUCUUCGGUAUCUUCUUGAGAAUUACCGGACCGGAGGUUUUGUACCUCGGGUUCAAGCAUAUGAAAAUUACUACGGCUCCGUGGAAGAUCAAAACUUCGGCGUUGAUCUUGAGGCUAGAGCAAGAGCUGAUCGCAAACGGGUCCCCGUCCUUGUUACUACCCUCUUGACUUAUCUUGACAAUCGUUAUCCGGAACUCGAGGGCGAUGAGGCACGACGUGCCAUCUGGCUUUAUGAUGUUCCUCUGGCAGCCACCCACCAACUCCGUAACAUCUUGAACAACAGCAAAAUAGACUACCAGGAGGUUCUAGACAAAUACGAGGUACCUAUUGUUGCAAGCGUCUUGAAAUUGUAUCUUCUUGAGUUACCAGAUUCCCUUGUUUCUUCGCAAGUUUACGAAAUUGUUAAGACCAUUUAUUCUACCACCGCUCAUGAGACGACAGAGGAAGGCCGGAUCAAGGUCUUGCAGAGCACACUUGGUCAGCUUCGCCUCAACAACAUUGCCACGCUUGACGCUAUCAUGACCCAUUUCACGCGCUUGAUUGACCUUACGUCUGCCGAUGAGGCUUACAUUUCUGCACUUGCUCAAACACUGUCUCCUUGCAUCCUUCGCCCACGCGUCGAGAGCAGUCUUACAAUGAACGAGCGCCACAGCUACCGUCUUAUCCGUGACCUUUUCGCUCACAAAGAUGCAAUCUUUGGCGAGUUGAAGCGCCAAUCCAGUGGUCUUGGAGUUACAGGUUCCAUCAGCCGUCCUCGUGCCAUUAGCACAGAUGAAAGCAAUCGCCGCGCAGCUAUGGAAGCUCGGAACCGUGCUAUCAUGGAUCGCAGCCGGGCUAACAGCCCUGCGCCUCCCCGAAAACAUCGGCGGGAUCGCUCUAGCGGACCCUCGGAGGUUGGCCGUUUCCCUGUUAAUGUCACCAGCCCAACUGAGAGGCGAACCGCCACCCGUAACAGCCUAGAUGUUCCUAGCAGCAACAGCUCCCCGACCGCCCAGGAACAGCUGUCCAAUGUGAACAUAAAUGCUGCUACCGAGGCUACUACCAAUGGGACCUCCAGUGAUUCCUCGGCCUCUGCUACCGCCAACGAAACGACUUCCGACGGCACUACGAGCCCCCCACCCAUGGCGACGUCAGCAGCAGACGACUCUCCUACGCCUACUCCUACUCCAGCCGCCGAUGCCGAGAAGCGCGCUUCUAUCACUCGCUCCUCAUUCACCCGCAAGCCCGGGCUCGGUAACCGAUCUAGCUUCCCCGUCGUCCCAAGUGGAGAAUCUGGGACAGACAGCAAGCGAAACAGCCUGGCUGACAGCGAACCCAAAGGUGUAACAUUGGAAGACAAGCCAAUGGAUGAUGACUAAAUAUAUUACCCAUCAAAACUCAUAUCUCCUUAGAUUCAUUUUGGAAUCGAAAGGAAGCAAAGUAUGACCAUAUAAGAUGCACAUAAAACCCCCAAAUCAAAAAAAGAAAGAAACUGGAAUUUCAGGUGGAAAUGUAUGUAUUUAGUCGACGUUUCUCGAACUUUCAGCAGGCCUUGUUAGUUGAGAUGAUGUCGACAGUCGCGAUAUGCUCUUUCAUGUUCCGAAGUCUUUUUUCCUAUCUUUCACCAUUCUUCUUCUAUUCAAGUAUAAACCAUAUCAUACCAUUCGUUUAUCGUUUCGCAUACCCCCACCGCCAGAUAUUUCCAUAUAUGUUUAUCUUCUUAUUUUUCUCUAAUGUAUUCCUGUAUGCAUAAAGUAUUUUCUUUUAUUAUUUAUUGUUUUGCGUGCUUUCGCAGUGUUCUCUUUCCAAGCGAUCUUUGUGGAAUUGACUAUAAAGUCCUUUCAGCUUCGACAAGCUGAUAGCUUAUUCAUAUGUAGAGAUGUGUUCUCGAUUCAUGACAUUUUAUAACCCAAGUCUUAUUCUCACUAGCAUUAUGAUCGUAUCUAG